UAACCAGCAGCCGCGCCGUCGUUUUGUGGCAGUUUUUCAGCAUUAUGAUGGAACUGUCUUACCAGUCUAUGAAAGUCGCCCAUGAGGCUCGAGAGGCAGAUAAGCUGAGGACUGAGAUGAGGAAGAAGAGCCUUCUUGUUCUUAUCUACCAAUAUUUGCUUGAACAAGGGUAUACAUCGGCUGCAGUAACUUUGGAUCAUGAGACGAACGGAAACGUGAGGAAAUUUGAGGUUUGUGAUAACGUUGAUCUGGAGAUGGUGCUCAUGGAGUACGAGAUUUAUCACUACGGCAAAUUCCAGAAGUAUCCUAAACUCAUCAGGAAGGCAGCAGAAGCAGGUGAAAGCAGACUGGCAAAAAGCGCUGCAGUGAAGAAGAGUCCUCAGUCAGCUCUGAAGCCUCUUCCCAAAAUCAUCCAAUGCUCAUCAGCACCAACUGGAAAUUCAGCCAAGAAGAUAGCUGCUAGUUCACAUGAAAACAACACCUCAGUGGGACCUGAGUCUCUGGAUUUAUGCUUCAACACGUUCUCCAUCAAAAAUGGACCUGCUGAGAGGAGCGCCUCAAGCAGGAAGAUGACUGAUGGCAAAGCGGCGCUCCACGAUCCUGUCAAUGGAUUAGCUGUUCACUCAGACCACAUGGAGCGGUUGCUAAAGCCCCUUAGUGGCUUCUCUGGGAUCAGCGGUGAAAUGAAGGAACUUGCUGCAAUCAUUAGUGAGGACAUCUAUUUGCACAACCCAAAUGUGAGAUGGGAGGACAUCAUCGGCCUGGAGGAUGCCAAGCGAUUAGUCAAAGAGGCCGUCGUUUAUCCCAUUAAGUACCCUCAGCUGUUUACAGGCAUCUUAUCACCAUGGAAGGGCUUGCUGCUUUAUGGCCCCCCAGGCACAGGUAAAACGAUGCUGGCCAAGGCUGUGGCUACAGAGUGUAGGACAACCUUCUUCAACAUUUCCGCCUCCAGCAUCGUCAGUAAAUGGAGAGGCGAUUCGGAAAAGCUGGUCCGGGUUCUUUUUGAGUUGGCAAGGUACCACGCUCCAUCCACUAUCUUCCUGGAUGAGCUGGAGUCAGUGAUGGGCCAAAGAGGAACCAGUUUAGGGAGAGAGCAUGAAGGGAGUCGGCGGAUAAAGACGGAGCUGCUGAUUCAGAUGGAUGGGCUUGCUACAUCAGAAGACCUUGUGUUUGUUCUUGCUGCCUCCAACCUGCCCUGGGAGCUGGACCACGGGAUGUUGAGGAGGUUAGAGAAAAGGAUUCUAGUGAAUCUUCCCUCCUCAGCAGCUCGCCAAGCCAUGAUCUCUCAUUGGCUGCCUCCCCUCAGCUCCCUUGGAGGUGUGAAACUACAGACUGAAUUAGACUACAAAGAGCUAGCAGAGCAGAUGGAGGGAUACUCUGGCUCUGAUAUCAGAUUAACGUGUAAGGAAGCCGCCAUGAGACCAGUUCGCAAGAUUUUUGAUGCUCUGGAGUCGCAUCAUGAUGCAGACACAGACAUGCCCAUCAUCGAGCUGGGAACAGUGACAACAUCAGAUUUCCUGGAGGUUCUAACAGACACUAAACCGUCAGCCCAAAACCUGAUGGACAGAUACACAGCCUGGGAGAGGAAACACAAGUCGGUUUGACUGUCAGGAUGAAAAUAAUGCUCCAAACUGGAAAUUUUUUUUCUUUUUUAAACCUUUUUAUUUUUCGUUUCUUACUACUUUGUAUUAUAAUACCACAGAUAUUUAAUUUCUUCAUGAGGGUGUUUUGGUAUGUUGAGCAGAACAGAAGCAUAUUGCAA